AUGAAAAUCUCCUGCUUAGCCCUGGCUGCCGCCAGCUUGAUCUCGGUCUCUGAGGGAUACAGGCUAAGCUUCUACAACGGGAAGAACUGCAGGUCCGCCCCGUUGGGAGUGCAGUAUCCCGUGGUCGACCCUCCCAACUACGUGUGCCGCGGCAUUCCUGGCAACGCCCAAUCCGUGGUCAUCACCGCGCAGGACCCGCAGGAUGCCCAGAGCAAGGUCAUCUUCCGUCAGCCAGAGGGAUGCGGAGGCGGCAUUACGCUGUCUGCCACCGGCGGUUGCGUCAAUAUCAACAACGCAAGGUCUUACCAGAUCCACUACAGAUGA